UUUCUCUCAGCUUCAAAGAGUGUUCAAACACGAAUCAAACAAAGUAAACGACUUUUUAAAAAAAGUUCGAAUCUUUGGAGGACGAAACAGAGAGAAACAUAAAAAUGGCAAUUAUGUGAAGUUUUUUUGGUCAUCUGUCUUUGACAAAAAAAAAAUAGAGAGAUUUGCGGUGUCAAUCAAAAAGCUCGUAACUUUUAGAUUUGAUUACAUAGAAAAUGUCAAAUCCGAUGAUGUUCUCGGAGAGCUCAAGUAAAAACAGCAGAAGAGUUCAUCAAAGGAGAGACAGGAAGAUGUGGAAGAAACCCAUCAAGAUUUCUAGACUGCCCAGUUUCGGAUUCUCCGGUUCUGACUUCACUGUUGAUCAGAUUCCGGCCAUCUUCUCCGGCUACACUGCAGAGUCCGAAGAUUCAUCUUCUUCUUCUUCUUCUGAGAUGUCUUAUGAUUCCAGAACUUACUCUAAAUCAUCUGAUGAUAACGAAGAGAUUGACCAGGAAAGGUCAAGAUCGGUGAAGAGACGAGCGAAAUUGAAGAGUGUUUCAAGUAUGAAAAUUCUUAGGAGACAGUCAACGAGGAAGUUACAUGGAGGAGGACAGAGACUGAAGAAGAUGAGAUCUUUAAAGCGUUUAACUUCAAAUUCUACACAGAAGAAUCUCGAUUCAAUAUCUAGUGAAGGUUUUGGAUUGUUAAAGCCUCAUUACUUGAGACCAACGAGUUCUUCUGCUUCUAAGAAUAUAGAAAGUAAUAAUCAGAAGAAUCUUGGAGUGGCUAGGUUGAAGAGAAUAGCAAGCUUAAGAUACAAUGGGCUGCUUAAAGCUACGUGUUCUUCAGCUAUGAAAGGUUCUUCUUCUUCUAAGAAGAGUAAUGAUGUUUGCACUUAUAGGUAUUGUUCUCUGCACGGUACGCGUCAUAGCCACGCUGCGGAUAACAACAAUGUUGGUGUUCCGUCUUUGAAGCGGUUUGUGUCAAUGAGGAGGAAGUUUAUGAAGAGGCAGAAUAGUGUGAACCGGCGUUUGGUGUUAUUGAAGCGGACUUUGAGUAGAAAGAGAGGCCCUUUAGGUGGUCGGAGUGUGACUGAUCAAGAAUCAAAAGAGGUUGAUGAUAAUGCAGAUGGGGAAUCUAAUGAAGAAGAGGUUUCCAGCUCGGAGAAUGGUGGAAACAAUUCAGAAUCGAAUGGAAGAUCUAGUGAGACAGUAAUGGUAGAUGUUGAUGGUAAUGAGGAAGGAGGAAUGGUAUCAAUGGAGACUGUUGCGUCAGCUAAUAAAGAAUGGGUUCAGGAAUCUAAACCAGAGAUAAUGGAUGAUUCAGAUGGAAUAAUUGACAAAGAUUUGAAGGAAAACGCUGCACAAUGGCACGGUAGAUGUGAACAUACUGUGACAGGUCUCGAUCAUGAUGAUGUGAAGAGCGAAGAAGUGAAGAGUGAGGACAUUGUGGGAUAUAAUGAGAAAUUUUUCAGAGAAGGUUCCUCUAGAGAAAUGAGAGAAGAGGAUGGAAAGAAAACUGUGGGAGAUAAUAAUGAAGAAGUUUGCAGAGAAGGUUCCUUUGGAGAAAUGAGAGAAGAGGAUGUUAAGAAAACAGUAGAUGUAUGGAAUGAAACUGUAUCGCUCGUUAAGCAAGCGUUUGAUGAGAUACUUGCGGAAAUCACCGAUGAUGACUCGUCCGAUGAUAUUUCUAUUACAAAAGAUGAACCUUUAGAGGAUGGAUUGCCAAAAGAAGAUGAUGUAGGAGCUGAUUCGAGUGAUUCAUCUAGCUCGGAUAUGCAGCCUAUUGAAGGUAUGGACAACCAUUUGUCUGUGAUUGUUUCUGCUUUUCAUAUGGAAUCUGAUCAUCAGAGAGGUCCCAAGAAGUGGAGUUAUUUGAAAAGGGUAAUUCUUCUCAAGAGGUUUCUCAAGUCGUUGGAUCGAAGAGAGAAGCGUAAGUUGUCUGAUGGUGAAGACAGAGAAACAAUAAUGCGGUUGAGAAGAGAGUUGGUUGGGGAGAGGAAGAAUGCAGAAGAAUGGAUGCUUGAUCAUGCUCUUAGGCAAGUCAUUUCAACACUAGCUCCGUCUCAGAAAAGGAAAGUGAAACAUCUUGUUAAAGCUUUUGAAAGUUUAAUGCCAAUGGAUGGUGGUUUUAGAGGUCAUGAUGAUCUUGGAAGUCCCGUAAGAGAAGAGAACGAAACAGCAGACUCGCAAACGAUCUUGAGAGACAAUAAAGACAUAACAGAAGUUUUACCAGCAAAGGAUCUUGAAGAAACAAAGUUAGCUUGUGAAGCAUCAUCCUCUGUGUCUAUUGAUAUGAAAUCUGAUGAAGCUUUGGAAUCAAUAGCAGAUGCAAGUGUAUGUCAUAAUCUUGCUGUGGAGGAAGAAGUAGAUGGAUCACUUUUGGGUUCAUUGAUAGAAGUAGAAGAGAAGAAAGGAGAUUCUGAAAAGCAAAAUCUUUCUACAUGGAGGAACCUUAUACAGAAGCACAUGGUCAUGAGAGACAACAGCGAGGGAAAUCGUAAUGAAACUGAGCAAGAACACAAGUGGUCCUAUGGAACUGAUCAGAUGACAGGUAUUGAAGAUGGUAAUGCUGCAGCAGUUAAGUCGAUUCAGCUAGCAUUUGAAACGAUUCUCUCAGAGAUACCUGACUCAUCAUCCGACGAAGAGAUUGAUUCAGAAUCAUCUAAAUCUCUUAAAGAGGAGAAAGAACAUCAAGGAGAGACCAAGAGGAGCUGGAACAGCCUGAGAAAGGUUAUACUUUUGAAAAGAUUUGUGAAAAGCUUGGAGAGAGUAGAGGUUUUUAAUCUGAGAAAGCUGCGGAAUCUACCUGUUGAAUCUGCAAUUGAGGCAGAAAAUGUAUUACUGAGACACCAACCAAUAAUGGAGGGAAGAAGAACAGAGGGAGAGGAACUGAUGCUAGAUUAUGCUCUUAGACAAGCUAUAUCAAGAUUGGCUCCUAUACAGAGAAAGAAGGUUGAACUCCUUGUGCAAGCCUUUGAUACAGUUCUUGAUGGCCAUGAUACUCCUAAACAAACCAAGACCAGUAGUACCACCCCUAGGAACAAUGAUGAUGAAACUGGCGAAGAAGGAAAAGCAAAACUAGAGGAAGAAUGUGAAGUCAACAAAGAUGAGCAGAAGAUUAAAAAUGUAUUUGCAAGAUUUCAGGUACAUCAAAAAGACUUGAAAGGAGAAGAUGAGGUUGAUUCUACGCCGAAGGAAUCCAGAAACUUGCCUCCUUCUAUCAGAAAUUUCAAGCAGCGAAUUGUGAUUGAGAAAGAGAAAGAUUCGAGAAUGUGGAAACUCAUCUAUAAACACAUGGUAACGGAGAAAGAAGGACCUGAUUCUGCAAAUGGUGAAUCAGUGGCUUCAGUUGAAGAUGAAUGUGAUGAUGAGGCUGGUGGUCUUCAGAUUGAUGCUAGAAGAAGUGGAACAGUUACACUUGUUAGAGAAGCGCUUGAGAAGAUUCUAUCUGAAAUCCCGGAUAACUCAUCUGAUGAUCAGUCUAUGGACAGUGAUAUAACUACAGAUCAAACACUAUCCGAAAGAAACUCUCAAGUUAGUGAAGAGCAUGUUUCUUCAGCUAGGGAUGGCACCUUCAAACCAAAGUCUAAUAAGAAAAGAGUGAAGGGAUGGAACAAUGUGAAGAAAGUCAUUCUUCUAAAGCGUUUUGUUAGCGAUUUGGGAAGUCUAACAAGACUCAGCCCCAAGACACCUCGGGUUUUGCCUUGGGAACCUGAUCCAGAAACAGAAAAGAUCCGUUUGAGGCAUCAGGAAAUUGGAGGGAAGAGGAAUUCAGAGGAAUGGAUGCUUGAUUAUGCUCUACGGCAAGCAAUAUCGACAUUAGCACCGUCUCAGAAAAGAAAAGUUUCUCUUCUUGCACAAGCUUUCGACACUAUAAGCUUACAAGAUAUGGGGAGUGGUUCAACCCCUGGUUCAGCAGCAACGUUCAGGAACAUCUCUCGUCAAUCCAGCAUUUCUUCUACGGUGUUCCAAAAUGAAAAUGAAGGUAAUGCUGAGAUUUUAAGAGGAAGAUUGAGAAAUCUACAAGAGGAUCUCAAAGAGAGUACCAAACUUGAUGUUGUAGCCAAUGAUUUUGAGGAGAAACAACAAUGCUCGGGCUUGUGGCGGUUAUUAUGCAAACAGAUGGAAGAGAAUGAGAGAAACCAAACAUUGCCUGCAGAAACAAUAGAAACAAGAAAAGAAGUGGAAGAAGAAGAAUCAAAGGACGAAACAAAUAUGGAUGGUGAAAAGAUGGAACUUUACCAAACCGAAGCAGUGGAGCUAUUAGGAGAAGUCAUAGAUGGAAUCGCUCUUGAAGAGAGUCAAGAUAAGAACCUCAUCCAAGGAGAAACAAAACAGAAGAGUGAAACUUUACAGGUCUCAAAAGUGAGGAUUAACCGAUGGAGCAACCUCAAAAAAGCGAUUUUGCUUAGGAGAUUCGUCAAAGCCUUAGAGAACGUAAGAAAAUUCAACCCAAGAGAGCCUCGGUUCUUGCCUCCAAACCCUGAAGUUGAAUCUGAAAAAGUGAAUCUAAGGCAUCAAGAAACUCAAAACAAGAGAAACGGUGAUGAAUGGAUGGUCGAUAACGCGCUUCAAGGAGUGGUUUCGAAGCUAACACCAGCUCGGAGACUUAAAGUUCAGUUAUUGGUGCAAGCGUUUGAGACACUUUCAGCAGGGAACUGAGACAAACAUUAUGUCUUAUUACACACAGUUUUCAGUUCAUAAGAACCAUGAAGAACAAGACCUGAAAGACUUAAUCAAGCAACAGCUGGAAGAUCACAAUAGCUCAUGUGUAUAUGCUCUUGCAAAUCAUCUCUCAUGUGUUUCUUAUUUUUUUUGUUCUUGCAUUGAUUCAUCAUUUUUUUAUUAAAAUGGAUUUAAUUACUGAGUUCUCCAA